GCCCGGUGACUACUGUCCGUCUGAACUAUGGUGUAGUAAAACUGAACGGAUGUAAUACGCAUCCCAUCUAAAACUCUUGGUUGAUAUACAGGCAGCCUAAUUGGGGAUUGGGGAGAUGUUGACAUCCCCCACUCAGUUGCUCCCUCAGAUUGUCCGUCCAGUGGAAGGAGAUGCCAAGGGCUCCCCUUCCACUCUCUGCAUAUCCCAUGACAUGGAACCCAAAUCCCAAAUCCCCCCUCAUUCCUCUGUCUCAUCCAGCUGUGACAAUGGAGAAGGACAAGCUGAGAAAAGGCACAGUGAAAGACUACAGGCAACCCCAAAGGAGGGCAGGAAUAAACCCAAAGCCCGCAAGGCUGCACCAAAACAGUCCCAAGCAGUAGCAUCCACAAAGAAAGUGAGGAACAGAAGAGUGGCAGCUUGUGGGGAUGAAAACACUGCAGUUAGCGAAUCAUUUAAACACAAAGAUAUAAAAGGCCCUAGUCAGAAUAUGGCACGACCCUCAGCCAGAAACCAAGUGGACUGCACCACUACUGACAAAUCCAUGCAGGAGCUUCAGUCCUGUGAAAUGGCAAAGGACAAAGAGUCUGCAAAGAGCUGGGUGAUCGGCCCUUUGUUUCACUCUUUCAAAUCCAAGAUGUCAAGCUUCACAGAGAUCGUAAUGAGCCCCGUCCGCCUUUUCAAACCCACUGACUUGCCGCCCUCAGAUGCGAAAGGAAUGGAAGAUGAGGAAGCUUUGAGCUUUAGCAAAACGUCAGACCGCACCAGUGAGCACGUCCACGACCAGCAGGCCUGUGUGUCCAAGACACUGCGUUUUGAUGGAAGUUCAAAUGAGGUCACUGUAGAGGAUGAGCAAGAGGGCACAGAGGGAGAGUUGAAGGUCAAAAUGGAGCAACCAGAAAGUCAACAUCAGUCUGCCUCUUCUCGCUUGACACGAGGUGCCCUGCUUAGGGGUGAAGGGCUUGCUUGCCCAGACCCACUUAAAUCUCGGAGUAAUCAGUCUGCCCGGCACAGUCCUGCUGGUCUGUGUGGCAACUCUUCUAAUAACGUUUCGGAAAGGCAGACUCUACAGAGACGUCCUCAAAUCAGACAGGCUGCCCAGAAGAAAUCAGUCUCGCCAGACUAUGCCAUGAAGACAAACACUGUGUCCUCUGCCGAGUCUUGUCAAGUUUUGUGUAACAAUCUAAAGCAGUUGAAGAAUGUAGAUGACCUGCCAGAUGUGAAGACAAGCAGUUUGUCUGAUUCCUCUGUGUUUUACACCCCUCCUGACUCCUUCUCCAAAGAUGAGGGAACACCAGAGCAAGAGGACCUUAAGGAAAGCACCCCCAUUCAGAACACACAGAUUCGUUCAAGCCCCAGAAAGCUGCCCAAGAGCAUCUCUGUUACUCCAGCACCGUUCGCAGUGAAACGGGAAAGCAGCCGGCAGAAAGUUACAGGGAGAAAAGUGACAUUUGACAUAAAAGUCAAAGUAGAAGAUGAGGAGGAAAAAGUUGAAAGUCAGAGAAGCAGUGAAGAUGAAGAGUUGGACCUGUCACCCGAGUCUUCACCCGAUACCGAGGCCACACUGAGACGACCUCAACUCAGGCAGAGGAAGCGAACAAGAAAGCCGCUCCAUGCAGACGCUGAUUGGGCCGUGAAGGCGAAGAGAAGAGUGAAAGCGGGAAAAGUCGAGGGAGCUACAAGGAGACGAGGUAGAAGUAAAGAUGUGGCACCAAAAGAAUGCUUGAGCGAAUGGCUGGAAACCUCCGAGGAGAUUUUAUACACACGGACAACAGACCGUGAUCUGACUGACUCAGGAGGAGAUCUGCUCUCAAAUUCCCAGUCAACAGCAGACACAGAGAUGUCAGAGAUGAACGUGUCCGAUAUUGAUCUAAAAUUUGAAGGCAGCAGUAGAUUGACAAGAGGACAGGCCAAAUCAAAGCAGUCAACACCUGCCAGAGUGAAAGUUGACCCACUUGAAAAUGAGUAUGCUGAUAUUUUUACAGAUUGCCUUGCCGUUAGCCUUUAUGCCGAAAACGAUAAGUCACUUAAUGACAAAAGCAUCAAUGGAAGAGACAAAGAAGACGGCAUCACUGGUUCAUUGUCUCGAAAGCCCAGGCAGUGGGCAAAGAAGACGGCUGUUUCGGAUGACAGCAGCCUGGUGGCAAGCAAAUCAACUGUGAAAUUGGAAGAUGACCACAGUUCUGUUUUUUCACCCGUCAUGGAAAACUCAUCUGGGUCAUUCCUGAACUCCCUAGCCCAGUCAAACUGCAAGAGUGCCAAAAGCAGUAAGAGGAGGCUUAUGAAGAAACGGGGUCAGAUGUACGGUGAGGAGUUUCCCGAUGACUCCCCAUCAGCCUCGAUUCUCAAGCUGGACAACACCAUCUCUGAGAUGUGUGUCAGGGGAGAGAAGAAGAGGCUAGAGGAGUCAGAACAGACCCAGAAGGACAACGACUCCGAUGAAGUCGAACAGACGCCGUCCAAAAGAGAGCGUGGCAAAGCGCUCAAGAGGAAGUCCCCGUCGCCUUGCACAAAGGAGAGCCGUGUGGAUGGCACUGAAAACGAAGAGGAGGAUGACGAUGCUUUUAUAGACACGGAGAGGCCCCCCGAGGCCACGACGUCAGGUAGCGGCUCCAACCGCCUCUUGCGGAGCUACUCCUGCCCAGAGAUAGCGUCUCUCUCACACCGCGAACAGCUCUGGAGAUCCCCUACUCUCCUCCCGCAUGGCCGAGCUCCCCCAGUGCCCGCUCCGCACCAUCCUGUCGUGAACCCCGCCCCACACCUCCCCCCCUCGCCCUCCAAGCGCACCCGCCGACACACCGUCUGCAGUUUGGAGAUAGAGAGAGAGAUCGCGCCGCUGUGUCUCCGUAAGGAGGUGUAUCCCACCGGUAGAUGCGGCCUCUACGGCAGCCCGUCCCACCCGCUCUGUCCCAGCACGGCCUCCCCGUCCACCUUCACGGCCCUCGUUUCCAGCUUUCUGUCCAGUCCCCUGGCAUUCCUGUCGAGGAGAUCCGACAGAGGGAAACGCAAGGCCCGUGAGGACGAUAGCCUCAUCACCACCUCCUCCUCCUCCUCCUUCUCCACCACCUCUACCUCCUCCCACCCACUAAGUCCCAGUGUAACCCCACCCUGCUCCACCUCAUCCCCUCCCUUUGCGCUGGGCCCAGCCGUCCAUCACUCGCUUGCUGGUUUCACAUGCAGUGCCCCUCCCAGAUCAAGCCUUAUUUCAGCCUCUGUAUCGCCAGGCUGCAGCAGCCAUUUUCAGGUGUCCUCAGAGGGAGAGGAUGAUUCUGGACAGCAGUCUGAAGAUGGGGAGGAGAAUGGGGGUAAUCUCAGUCUGGAUCUUCUCUCGAGACAAAUGCCUGAGGAAAAAGCUCUGUCUGAUUCAGAAAUUAAGAUGGAAACAAAGCAAGGUGAACAGAGAAAGGUUUCAUCUAUACGCAUUCGUAAAACUUUGCCUAAGCCUCUUAAUAAUCUGACACCAAUGGGUCUUCCCAAACUUAUCAGGCCAAAGAAGAAAGAGUUUAGCGUUGAGGAGAUCUAUACCAACAAAAACUUCACCAAACCUGCAGAAGGACGUCUAGAGACCAUCUUUGAAGACCCACUCAAGCGGCGUGAUGGCUCUCAUUGUCUGCUUGGGCAGAAACGAGUGAAGCGGUUUGUUGAAUUCCCAGAAAUCGGCAAGGCUAGAAAGCUCCGGAAGCCACUGGUCAUUGCCGGGACCGGUAGCAGCAGCAGCACCCAGAAGACGGUUGGGCAGUCCUCAGGUGGACGACCCCGGCGUGGCGUAUGGUCCACCUCCAAGGAUGACCCCCAGCCGUCCCCAGAGGACCUGGACUCCCUUCUGUGCUCCAAACUGGAUCAGCUGGACUCCCUGAUGGCUGUGGAGGAGGGCAGCAGCUGAGACACACACACACACACACACACACAAAAAGCAGAACAAAAACAAUGCAGGCGAUUGGCGAUCUCCAGCACUUUGGAAGAUCCCUCCAGAUCAAGAUCCCUCAUGUUGUUUUGUUGUUUUUAUUAUUAUUUAGUUUUAUAUGUUUGAAGACCUCCCUCCAUUUUAAGUUGUGUGUUUUCAUUAAAUCUUUUGUAUGUUUUCAUUUGUAUGUUUGGUUUUGUUGUUUGAUUUUACUAUACUUCUGCCUUUUGUUUUAUGCAAAUUUGUUUUUGUACUUAUGCUUGUCGUAAAGCAUGCAGCAAAAAAAUACAAUGUUGUUUAUUCAUACUUGAUUUGACACGAGCUACUAUAAUUAUACAUCUUUUAAUUUACUGAUCGAGGGUAGUCCUAGUAUGGGUGAAUGUAGGCAUGUGUGUGUGUGUGUGUGUGUGUGUGUGUGUGUGUAUGUAUAUGCUGUUCUUUGCCUCCACUUAUUUGGUUCAGCCAUUUUCACGCCCAUUGCCUUGCAGAUGUAUAGAAAGACCCAAAUGGUAACCGUCAUGGCAUAGCUUCGGUACAUUACAGUAUAUUACGUUACUUGUAGCCACAGCACAGGGAGCGUCUUUCUCAUGGUAGUAUCCUCUUUGUAAACGGGGCAAUAAUUUCACUCAUAGCCUUCUAUUACCAAUGUACCCUUUAAGAACACAAAAGGCCGUCCGUGUGCUCUGUAUUUAUUUUAUGUGCCAAAACCUUUCGUGCAGCUCAUCCAGGCCUUCUAUAGAUUGACUGUAUUUAAUGGUGCUAUUCAAGUACAGGACAUACACAUGGGUCACUGAUCAAGGCAAGAAGCAACAUGCCGUUUUCUAGCGCACACUGCAGAAUCCAGCUUUAGCUAUCCCUGUGUGUGGGGAGUGGCUUCAAAUCAAACAGAAGAACAUUUGCUUCAUUCAACUGCUGUAGUCCAGUGCUUUGUCAAACUUUGUUGGUUUGAUUCUUUGUCAAAUGGCAGCUCAAACUUGCACCAGUCUCAGCGUUUUAAAGAGCAGUUAUUUUGCCUCAUCAAUGUUACAUGGGUUGUUAUGUAUUUUUGUUUAUACAAAUCAGUGUGGCACCUUUGAAAAUCAAGAUCCAAUUGUCUGAUGGCUUUGCAGGCUCAGUUUUAUGUUACCUGAAUGAAUGCAGUUCAGUGCAAGUUCUUUGGUUUGCUACGAUCAUUUCUUUCAAACAUUUGCUAUGAUCAUUUUUUCUGUAUAUUUUUGAUAAUGUGGAUGGCAUGUAUAGGAGAGCUCAUAUUUUGUAUCUUUUGUCAUGUGUAUAUAAAGGGGAUAAUUGUCUGGAGUUUUAAAAAUGUUUUAUAUGAAUAAAUGUAAGUUCUCUUCUAUGUAAA